AUGUUCCGCCCUGCCGCUGGCCACCUUCAACGAGGUACCACGUCCAGCUUCGUGCGGCUCGCCCGCCACCAUGCCCAUCGUCGUCACGCCUUACGCGCCCAUAUUCGAUGGCUGGCAGAUGUCGCGAACUCGAGGCCAGGUAGAAGUCUAGCACUUCCGACCAAGGCACGAUACAACGAAAUUGGCAUCCAGCAGCUUAGCGCCCACGUCUUUGACCAAGUCUUCCCCGACGGCUGCAAACCCCCUCCCGAGGAGCUCGUCGAGCUGUCAAAGGAUCAUCUGCGACGGCACGACCUCCUCGGCAAGAACACCGACAAAUCCGACCCCAUCGCCUUCGAUCUACCGCAGCUCCAGGGCCGCACCCUCGACGAACACUUUUUCAAGCUGGGAUCCGACUGCGCGGAACCGUUUCUGGGCUUUGCAAAGGAUUUUGCCAGGGCCAGUGCACCCCCGAAGCCUCGCAAGUGGGUGCGCCGCAGCGGGUGGACCAAAUACUACCCCGACGGCCGCACCGAGCAGGUCGACGCGCCUGGCGAGAACAUGCUGUGCUUCGACACCGAAGUCAUGUGGAAGGAGAGCCCGUUUGCCGUCAUGGCCUGCGCUUCGAGUCCCACGGCAUGGUACGCGUGGCUGUCUCCCUGGCUCCUCAAAGAGUCUAGCGAUGACAAGCAUCUCGUGCCCCUAGGGGACCCUACCAAGGAUCGCAUCAUCGUCGGCCACAACGUCGGCUUCGACAGGGCCCGCAUCCUCGAGGAGUACGACAUCAAGCAGUCGAGGAACGCCUUUCUGGAUACCAUGUCGCUUCACGUUGCCGUCAACGGAAUGUGUUCCCAACAGCGACCAACCUGGAUGCGCCACAAGAAGAACCGCGAACUGCGAGAGCGUGUUGCCCGUCAGACCGAGGAUCAUGGACUCGCCGAACUCCUGAGCAGCCCGAGCGGCGCUCACGACGAGGAGGAGCUGUGGGUCGAGAGGAGUUCAGUUAACUCUCUUCGUGACGUGGCCAAGUUCCACCUCAACGUAUCGAUCGACAAGGCUGUGCGCGACGAGUUUGGCGAGCUGGACCGCGACGGAGUCCUCGGUAAGCUCGAUGAGCUCAUGGACUACUGUGCUGCCGAUGUCGCCGUCACCCACCGUGUCUACCAGAUCGUCUUCCCCAACUUCCUCGAAGUCUGCCCUCACCCCGUCAGCUUCGCCGCCCUCCGCCACCUCUCAUCCGUCAUCCUGCCGGUCAACAGGUCUUGGGAAGCGUACAUCUCCAACGCCGAAGCUACCUACCACAAGCUCUCCGAUGGCGUCCAGGACCGCCUGGUGAAGCUGGCCGACAAGGCCAUCGAGAUCAAGGACCGGGAAGACAUCUGGGGCAAUGACCCGUGGCUGCAGCAGCUCGACUGGUCGGGCCAGGAGGUCAAAAUGGUCAAGGGAAAGCGCAAGAAUGACCCGCCCCGUCCCGCCGCUCGACAGAAGAAGCCCGGCAUGCCGCGGUGGUAUAAAGACCUCUUCCCCAAGAACGAUGCCCCCAUCAACAUCACUGUACGCACCAGGAUAGCCCCGCUCCUCCUCAAGCUGGCUUGGGACGGCCACCCCUUAUUCUGGUCAGACAAGUAUGGCUGGACGUUCCGGGUACCUCGAGCAGAGUCCGGCACAUACACAGCCAAGCAGAUGAUGCGGUGCGAGUUUGACGAGUCGGAGCCCGCUCUGCGUGCCGACUGGGCUCACGCCUACUUCAAGCUACCCCACAAGGAUGGCCCGUCUGCUCGGUGCGUGAAUCCCAUGGCCAAGGGCUACCUCGGCUACUUCGAGAGCGGAAUACUCACGUCGGAGUAUCCCUACGCCAAGGAGGCCCUGGAGAUGAAUGCGUCGUGUUCCUACUGGAUCAGUGCCCGGGAUCGCAUCAUGUCGCAGAUGGUGGUAUACAACGAGGACCUGCCGGGUACCGGCGAGAAGGGGGUUGGGGUUGGGAAGAAGAAGGCCGAGGCGUCCGAGGAAGCCGAUAGAAACGGCUUCAUCCUGCCGCAGGUGAUUCCCAUGGGCACGAUCACGCGGAGAGCGGUGGAGAACACGUGGCUCACGGCGAGCAACGCCAAGAAGAACCGUGUCGGCUCCGAGCUCAAGGCCAUGGUCCAGGCGCCCAAAGGCUACACAUUUGUCGGGGCAGACGUGGACUCGGAAGAGCUAUGGAUUGCCAGCUUAGUCGGGGACGCGACCUUCAAGAUCCACGGCGGCAACGCGGUGGGGUUCAUGACGCUGGAGGGCACCAAGUCCGCCGGAACGGACCUGCACUCGCGGACUGCGUCGAUCCUGGGCAUCACGCGCAGCGACGCCAAGGUGUUCAACUACGGACGCAUCUACGGGGCGGGGCUCAAGUUUGCGGCGACGCUGCUGAGGCAGUUCAACCCGGGCCUGUCGGAGAAGGAGACGAUGCAGACGGCGUCGCGGCUGUACGCCAACACCAAAGGCACCAGGACGAACCGGCGGGCGAUCCACAAGCGGCCGUUCUGGCGCGGCGGCACCGAGUCGUUCGUCUUCAACAAGCUCGAGGAGUUUGCCGAGCAGGAGAGGCCGCGCACACCCGUUCUCGGGGCUGGCAUCACCGAGGCUCUCAUGGGCCGCUUCGUCAGCAAGGGCGGGUACCUGACGUCCCGCAUCAACUGGGCCAUCCAGUCGUCGGGCGUCGACUACCUGCACCUGCUCAUCGUGGGCAUGGACUACCUGACGCGUCGGUUCAACAUUGACGCCCGGGUGGCCAUCACGGUGCACGACGAGAUCCGGUACCUGGUCAAGGACGAGGACAAGUACCGCGCCGCCAUGGCACUCCAGGUGGCCAACGUGUGGACCCGGGCCAUGUUUGCGCAGCAGGUGGGCAUCGACGACCUGCCCCAGUCAUGCGCCUACUUCUCGGCCGUCGACUUUGACCGCGUGCUCCGCAAGGAGGUGGACAUGGAGUGCCUCACGCCCAGCAACAGGACGCCCAUCCCGCCCGGCGAGACCAUGGACAUGACGGCCCUCCUCGACAAGGGAUCGCUCGCCCGUCUGGACCCGGAUACAGUCCCGGAUGCCAGGUACGCGCCCCGCACGGAGAGCAUAGAGUACAGGCCCCGCGUGCCCGUCAUGCAGACGAUCCGCGACAGCGCGGACGAGAGCGCCUUCUUCCGGCGAGCGCAGAUCGUCGGCACAGACGACGAGCUCCGCGACCUGCUGAGGGACAUGCGCACGGCGACGGCGCCGUCCACGACGGCGGCCAAGAAGGUGGCGCUGCCGACGACGGGCUCGAGAAGAAAGUCGGUCCUCCCCUACAGGGCUCACCCGCAGCUCGUGCCUAUGGAUGAACCCAUCUCCGUGUCGGAGGCUAUGAAUCGGCAGCACAGGGCGUACGAUUCCAAGAAGUGGCAGUGGACGAGCAAGGGUGGUAAAGGGGCGAGGGCUACAAGUUGGAGGAUGUGA